CUUGCCUAAGUUUCACAGUAAGAACGACUCGAAGGGGCUGACUCGGAAUGGCCACAAUCAUCUCUAAAUUUAUCACAAAGACCCUUUGCGACAAUGAGGGGUGUUUGGAGUUCAGGACCCUGGAGGGGAAGAUCUCAGAGUUUUACACGGUAGCAGAGCCAAUUCUGCGGUCCGUGCUGUUCGACGAAGAGAAAAUAGCCAUCAGGAGAGGCAGAGAAGAGGCCUCCGCCGGCCAAAUAAUCAGUCCGGACAGCCUGGUCCUGGCCAAAACCAGCCUGUGGAUCUGUCAGAAACGAGCUGGAGAAUGUACAGGAUGUGAGGGUUUACAUCUGUGCAAGUUUUAUGUUUGCGGAGCCUGCAUGUUCGGACACAAAUGUAAGAAUCCACAUGACGUAGCUUCACCGUAUAAUGCAGAGGUUUUGAAGAGACAUGGUCUUCACGAGCUGACUGACAAACAGCUGUUCCAGCUGUUACUUCAGAACGAUGCUUAUCUGCUUCCUGAGAUAUGCUCACAUUACAACAAGGGUAAUGGUGAGCAUGGUUCCUGCAAGUUUAGCACCUCCUGCAAAAAUCUUCACAUCUGUCAGCACUAUCUCCAAGGUGACUGCAAGUUUGGCUCCUCCUGUAAGAGAGCCCAUAGCAUUGAUGGGCAAGGUGUAGAGGUCCUGCAUGGAUUAAGUCCAGAGAAUGUUAGGAUCCUUCUCAAGAGCUACCAGAAUAACUUCAUCAUCAUGAAUCAUCAGGCGCAACCACCUUUUGGGCUUCCUGCUCUGCCAGAGGUGAGAAACCAAACCUGCCAGUCUUUAAAGAGCUCCACUCGAUCCUCCACGAGUUCUGCUGCUACAGCUAAACCCAUAGGUGAAGCUGAGAGGAAUGAAAUCUGCAUCUUCUUCAUUCGCGGAGAGUGCAGCUACAAAGGUAAAUGUCUCCGUGUGCAUUACCACCUGCCUUACAGAUGGCAGGUUUUGGACAGUGACCAUUUCACCUGGAAGGACUUACCCAACAUGGAGGACAUUGAGAAAGCCUACUGUGACCCAACAUGUGAUACAAGCCGAACCGAUCAACCAUCACCCUCUGAGGAGAUUUUAAAACGUUUGUCUUUGCAAAGCAAGCAGCCAGUUGACUUUCUGACAAUGACCUAUGGAGGGUCUCCGGUCCGCCGCCUGUCCACCGCUUCAUCGGUCUCCAAGCUGCCUCACUUCAUUCUUACAACACAGUGGCGGUGGUACUGGAAAGAUGACAGUGGCACAUGGAUUGAAUUUGGGCAGGAUGAUGGUGGCAAAUCAGGGCCCCCCUCAUCUCAAACUCUGGAGAAGAUCUAUCUGGCUGACAAAGAAACAGAGAUUAACUUUAUGAUCAGCAAACACCAGUAUAUUCUAUAUCUCAAAGAUCCAGCAGGAUCCCAGCAGAUGUAUCAGCAGAACGUCAAAUAUAAAACCAAACACGAGGUCAGGAGAAGACCGCACUUUGUGUCUGCACGUGAUGUAGAGGUUAAACUCGAGAGCGUGCCACCUACCUCUUCCACUUCCCAGCACACUGGGACAAAAAUGCUGUGCCAGAUUUUGGAUAUCAGAUCAUUUCCAAAGUGAACGCUUUGGUGAUGCGGGACUGUCGUGUGACUAUCUG